AUGUCGAAAGAAGAGGGGACGGAUUCAAAUGCAUCUUCUCGAGAAUCAACACCGACCUCAGACGCCCAACCAAAUACUUCCAAAUCUAGCUCAACCAAGAAAGCGAACAAGGUGUCGAAGCCACGCUUAACAGCAUCCCAGAAGAACUUCAACCACAAAGACGCCGAAAACAAGCGACGCACGGCUAUCCGUGAACGCUUCACAGAACUUUCUCACCUUGUCCCCGGCGCUCUAGGCCAUGAGAGAAGCGAGCAAGUCAUGCUCGGGAAAACGACUGAAUUUUUGAGGAAUAUGAUCAUAGAGCAACGGAGGCUGGAAGAGAUGGCUCAGAAGCAUGGUCUCACGAUGGAAGACGGCGAGAGGCUAAGGGAGGAUGAUUUUGCUGGGCCGAAGUGGAGGGCGAGAAACAUGGAGCAGUAUGAGGCUGGUAAGCAGAAGAAAGAAGUUAGCGAAUCCCAACAAGCGAAUUAUCAGGGGGAUGACGAGAACGAUUAG